AUGGCCGAUUCUGAUGAAGAAUACGUUGGAGAAAUCUCAGAAGAUGAAGAUGAUGUCGAUGCUCACAAUAUCUCGCGUGGUGCAGCUGCUGGAACCCGUUCCCGUCGGAAAAAGCAGCGAGGAGGUGCUGAAUGGGAAGUCUCAAGGACCUGGGAAACUCUUGUUGAAGGUGCAGACGGUACGAUCAGCUCUACUGUUGAAGGGCUACUGGAGGCUGGAAAGAGGAAGAGGCUUGUUCGAGAUACCACACCUUUGCAACGGGGAAUUAUCCGGCAUCUGAUACUCAUACUCGAUCUCUCACAAUCCAUGUCCGAAAAGGACCUCCGUCCUACGCGCUAUCUUCUGACACUUCGCUAUGCCCAGGAGUUUGUGGUGGAAUUCUUUGAGCAGAAUCCUAUCUCUCAACUUGGAGUUCUCGGUAUGAGGGAUGGAUUGGCGGUGAGGAUAAGUAAUAUGAGUGGAAAUCCUACGGAGCAUAUUAGUGCUAUUCAGGCACUGAGAGCACAGGACCCCAAGGGUCACCCUAGUCUUCAGAAUGCGUUGGAAAUGGCCCGCGGGGCGCUUUUCCAUACUCCUAGCCACGGUACUCGGGAAGUUUUGAUCGUUUUUGGCUCUUUGCUUUCUUCCGAUCCAGGGGACAUUCAUCAGACAAUGAAUGCCCUCAUUGCCGACAAGAUACGGGUGGGCAUUGUCGGACUCGCCGCUCAGGUUGCCAUUUGCCGUGAGCUUUGCGCAAAGACUAAUGGGGGUGACGAUUCUGUAUAUGGAGUGGCACUUAAUGAACAACAUUUCCGGGAGUUGAUGAUGGAUGUGACGAUACCGCCCGCUACGUAUUCUCAGAAGCAGGCUAGCAAUGCUCUUCUAAUGAUGGGAUUCCCAUCACGUACUGUGGAGCCUUUUCCUUCUCUCUGUGCUUGUCACUCCAAACCCUCCUGUGGAGGCUAUCUAUGCUCACGAUGCAAUAGCAAAGUUUGCGGUCUCCCUGCCGAGUGUCCAGCUUGCGGUCUUACAUUAAUCCUUUCAACACAUCUGGCCCGUUCAUAUCAUCACUUAUUUCCUCUCAUCAACUGGGUGGAGGUACCAUGGAAGCGUGCCUCGAAGAGUACAAACUGCUUUGCAUGUGGAAUAGCGUUUCCUCCAGUACCCCCCGAGGACCAAUGGCAAACCUCGGAGAGCCAGACAAAAGGCAUAAGUGUCAGCAGUCGCUAUGAAUGCACGGUAUGCGGGAACCACUUCUGUAUAGACUGCGAUCUUUUCGCACACGAAGUUGUCCACAACUGUCCUGGUUGUCAAAGUGGCAGUGCUCCUGUCCGGUCACACUCCGAGGUGUCGCAAACAGGAUUGACUGGCAACGAAGUCAAUACGGAUGCCAUGGAUACUACAGUGUAA